AUGCAUUACGGACGGGCUCCAGCACACACAGCUCGUCGUUACGCAACACACCGGAUACGUCUGACAAAAGGCAACCUGGUAGUAGAAAGUCAAGUACCCGAUCGACUUCUGAAUGUGCUUUCCAGAAAAGAUCCUGAAUUCACCACUAUGCGAUAUACGGCAGUGACAUGUGACCCUGACGAAGUUCCCUACAAAAAUUACGAGCUUCGUCAGCAAAUCUACCAGCGCGAAACCGAAAUAUUCAUCGUAAUUACUAUGUAUAAUGAGGACGAGAUUUUGUUUGCUCGGACGAUGCAUGGUGUUAUGAAAAAUGUGGCCCAUCUUUGCAAGCAGUCAAGGUCGAAAACCUGGGAUACGGAUGGCUGGAAGAAGGUCGUUGUAUCGAUUGUCGCUGAUGGCCGAAAAAUUAUCAACAAACGCGUCUUAAGUGUGCUCGCCGCAAUGGGAGUAUAUCAAGUAGGCGUCGCCAAGAACGUAGUUGAUGAUAAGCCUGUCAAGGCACAUAUUUACGAGUUCACCACACAAAUCUCGAUAGACGAGGAUAUGAAGCUUAAAGGCUCAGACAAGGGAAUUGUACCAGUCCAAAUCUUGUUUUGUCUAAAGGAAAAAAAUGCGAAAAAGAUCAACUCCCAUCGAUGGUUUUUCAAUGCAUUUGGCCCGCUAUUAAACCCCAAGAUUUGUGUUCUGCUCGAUGUAGGAACACGACCUGGCAACGUCAGCAUCUAUCAACUAUGGAAAGCCUUCGCACAACACGCUCAAGUUGCUGGUGCAUGCGGUGAAAUCCGCGCGAUGCUGGGUCCUGGCUGCAAGUACUUGCUCAAUCCACUGGUUGGCGCACAAAAUUUUGAAUACAAGAUGUCGAAUAUCCUGGACAAACCCAUGGAAAGCGUAUUUGGCUAUAUUUCCGUGCUUCCCGGUGCAUUUUCGGCGUAUCGGUAUUCUGCACUGCAGAACGACAUCAACGGUCAUGGUCCCCUGGAAAAGUACUUUAAAGGCGAAAAACUUCAUAACAGUGGCGGACUGUUCGAGGCAAACAUGUAUCUUGCCGAGGACAGAAUUUUGUGCUACGAGCUUGUUGCGAAAAAGAACGAACGGUGGUUGCUCCAGUAUUGUAAUAGUGCAUUUGCAGUUACAGAUGUUCCUGACGGCCUACCAGAAUUCAUAUCUCAGCGACGGCGAUGGCUCAAUGGAAGCUUUUUUGCCGGUGUCUAUAGUCUAUGGAAUUUCCGGUCCAUGUGGAAUAGCCGGCACUCGUUUACACGUUUGAUUCUUUUGACCAUCGAGACAGUGUACAAUAUAAUCAGCCUGAUAUUCAACUGGAUUGCAUUGGGCAACUUUUACAUAGCCUUUUACUUUAUAACUAAAAGCUUGGCCAACGAAGAGGUGGAUCCAUUUGGCAAUGGUUGGGGCCAGCGGUUUUUUGAUAUAUUUCGAUACGCAUAUCUUUUUAUCAUUGUGGUUGUUUUUAUUUGCUCCAUGGGAAACCGUCCACAAGUCUCAAAAUGGCUUUUUAUAGCUUGUCUCGCAGGCUUCUCGAUAAUAAUGGGCUAUAUGCUUUUCGCAUCCGGAUGGCUUAUAUUUCAAGGAGUGGAGCGUGCAAAAGAAGAAGUACAAUGGACAAGUGACUCAAGCAGCAACCUUCUCCUAGCGCUUCAGGAUCCUGGACUUCGAAAUAUCCUUGUUUCCGUCAUGGCUACAUAUGGACUAUAUCUUGUAUCAAGCUUACUGUAUCGUCAGCCGAUGCACAUGAUAACAAGCUUUCUUCCCUACCUCAUCUUAUUGCCGGGAUUUACUAAUAUCUUGACAAUUUACGCCUUCUGCAACACGCAUGAUGUUAGCUGGGGUACAAAAGGAGAUAACACAGUAUCAAAGGAUCUCGGUGUCGUCAAGAAGCAGAAGAAAGGUAGUGGUGACACAGGCGAAGAUACUGUAGAAAUCGUAUUGCCAGCGGAUCAAAUCGAUAUCAAUAGUCAAUAUGACGAGGCUUUGCUUGAGUUAGAGAAAAAGGAGAAGCCAAGUGAGCCACCGGCCGCUUUUAAUCAAGAGGAUUAUUACCGGUCUUUUAGAACACAUUUAGUGCUUGCUUGGAUCGCAUGUAACGCACUUUUGGUAGCAUUCGUAACAUCACCCGAAUACGAUACCAUUUAUGUUGCUUCUGCGGGCUCUACGUACAUGGCUGUUAUCUUAUGGACGAACGCAGGCUUAGCAGCAUUUCGAUUUUGUGGAUCCGUUAUGUACUUAUUACUUCGAUUGUUCUCCUCCUAA